AUGCUGGUCGAAGUGGACACCGUAAGACUCUGGGGUCAUGACGUCAUCCGGCUGUUCUGCAGGUAUAAAAUAGUAACAAUGUCAAACAGGCCCACAUUUGAUUAUAAUGAUGAAUCUCAGUCAGAGAGAUUAGCCAGGAAGUCCAAGGACUCGCCUUUCAUGAUAAUAGGAAUAAUAGGCCUGAUUGGUGUCUGCGGUUUUGGAGCAUAUAAAUACAAGAAUAGAGGAAAAAUGAGUACCAGUGUUUUCCUAAUGCAACUGCGAGUAGCAGCCCAGGGCACAGUGGUGUCAGCACUGACUAUAGGUCUUGCAUACACUUUAGCCAAAGAACAUCUAUUUAAGGAUGACAAAAAGUAA